UUUUUUGUUUGUUCACAAAUAGCUAGAUGGAUCUCUAUCUCUCAGACAGAUUUCUCCCCCUUUCACCCCCUCUCCUGGUCAACCGGUUCUAAACGACCCAACUCUCAAAACUACUCAUUCUAUGUUCCCAACACCUGCUUCUCUAGGGGAAUCAGAAUCAUCAGUAUCUGCUAACAAGACAGAAGACUAAAGAACAUGGUGCCUGAACGAGCUAAGCUCCACUUAGCCUUAACUUUUUUACAAUUUUGUUAUGCAGGAAAUCAUAUAUUUUUGAGAAUUGCACUUGAUACAGGCGUAAGCAAGCUUAUCUUUCCUGUCUAUAGAAACAUUACAGCCCUGGUUCUGUUGGGUCCCGUUGCAUUUUUCUCAGAGAAGAAAGACAGGCCAUCAAUAACCACAUAUUGUGUUGUACAAUUUUUCCUUCUUGGACUUGUUGGAAUAACAAUGAAAGAAGGAUUCUACCUCUUGGGUUUGGAGAACACAUCACCUACGUUUGCUGCUGCUAUGCAGAACUCAGUUCCAGCCCUCACCUUUCUGAUGGCUGUGAUACUCAGAUAUGAGAGUGUGCGCUUAAAUAGGAUAGAUGGUGUUGCUAAGGUCCUUGGAGUCCUUGCUUCUGUUGGAGGAGCUUCAAUCAAUACCCUUUACAAGGGACCUGUCAUUUAUACUCCACAUUUAACAUUACAUCAGAAACAAUACUUGUCGCUAUUUCGGGAUGCCACAGGAAAAAACUGGAACUUGGGUGGCAUCUAUCUCUUUGGUCACUCCUUAUGUUGGUCUGGUUGGAUUGUGAUGCAAGCAUUUGUUCUGAAAAAAUACUCAGCCCCACUCACAGUUUCUGCGUUUACUUGCUUCUUUGGUAUUGUGCAGUUUGUGACAAUUGCAGCCUUUUUUGAGAAGGAUUCCAAAGCCUGGCACCUCAAUUCUAAAAGAGAAAUCUACAGUGUUUUGUUCUCGGGGCUGGUGACUUCAGGACUGGCAUCAGCAAUACAGAUAUGGACUAUUGAAAAGGGAGGGCCAGUGCUUGCUUCAAUUUAUCUUCCUUUACAAACAUUACUCGUAGCUUUGAUGGCAUCUAUUAUUUUCGGUGAAGAAUUCUUCUUAGGGGGGAUUAUUGGAGCAUUCUUAAUUAUAUGCGGCUUAUACCUUGUUAUCUGGGGAAGAAGUCAAGAAACCAAGUCAAACAAAGAGGACACAGUACCCGUUGAACCCGAUAAUCAUUGGGAAGUAAAGAGCAACACUUCUUCCCUCAUCCAACCAUUGAUUCCCAAACAAAACUCUUUAGAAUCAUAAUUAAGGGACUUUCAAUUCUUAAUCGUUUGGGUGGCAUUGGGUUUUCUUACUUUUCUAGUUUUAGCUCAUUUGUUUUUGGUCAUAAUUAUAAAUACGUUACCUCAUUUUCGUGUUGUUUUCGGUUUGUAAGAUUAUGCGAAGGAAAUAU